GCCAACGUUUAGUCGACCAGUGACAGUGGCUGAGUGAACAUCAACGCUCAUGAAAACUCACACUCGUCUUGGUGUUUACUGUAGCUCGGAAAAAUGGUCAAGUGCAGAGAAUUAAUUUGGAAAUACUUUAACAGUGAACCAGUGAAUAAUAAGGAGAAUUCCUACAUCAAUAUUUCAAGGCGAAAGCGCAUAUACAGCAAAGCUUACAUGGCAAACGCAUCAAAGAGUUCGCACCGGCCGAAGUGGCGAAGGGUCUGCGAUGACUGGGUCGACAGGCGACUGGAGGACCGCCAGGGCGUCACCACGCCAGUCCACGUCCUGUACAACACUUACCUCAGCGAGAACCCACACCACUACAUGGACAUAGCACAGUUCGGAAAGGUUCUCAAGUCCCGAUUCAAGAACCAGAAGUGCCGACGCGGAGGCCAAGGAGCUCAGAUCUACGUCUACAAAAAUGUGGCCAUCAAAUCCCUGGACGAAGCCAAGGCUGACGUCAGUCCGCCCGGCCCUCGCCUAGCGAUCAGCAGUGACGUCACUCCCCCACUCCCAUGCCCUGCCACCCACACUGCUGUCACUGCCUCCCCUCCACGCCCUGGCUCCGCCACCCUCAGUGAUGUCAGUGUGUCCCCCUCACGCAGCGCCACCCCUGCUGACGUCAGAGCCCCUUCUCCAACGCAGCCCACCAAGAGGAAGGCUUCUGCCGAGUCCUCCAUCAUUCCUAAAAAGCGAAAGUAUAUUUUCGAGGACAGCUUUCCUCAAGUCGCGCCUCCUGCUAGUCUUGCCGCUGAGUCCUUCGUCAGCAGGAGCGAGCACAGCGCCUCUCCUGCUGCUCCAAGUAUGGCGUCUCAGCAGGACCCCAGCGAGAUGGCAGCCUGUGGCAGCGACGUACAGGAGCCACCUCGACUCCUGGCCAAAGUGAGCAACAAUUACCAUCUGCUAAGUGACGCCAAUAGCGAAAAGUUGUCCAGAAGUAGACACUGGUCGCCAGCACUCAUUGAGGAUAGUGGAGGGACCGCUGACUUGCCUUUAGACCACUUUUCGAAAAGUUUAAGCUUGAAACAGGGUGCAUUCGAAAAAGAUCAAAUUUAUUGCGAGUCCAACUUAAAAACUUUACAUAAAACAGACACUAUUUUACCUCCAAUUGCCAGCGAAAACAAUCAUUCGAAAACACUAACUUCUAUUGAAAACGUCUUAUCGGAAAUUGAAAAGGUUAACAACAUCAUCAACGUCGACUCCUAUUCACUCCGCGCAUCGUCUCCUCAGAGCCAGGCUCCCAAGUACAACCUGAGGCCAACCUCACACGUGGCACCAGCGUCGUCUGACGAGAGCAGCCUCAGGGAUGAGGAACAGCAUGUUAGUGGAGAAGAAGGACCUGUGGAGGGCCAAGGGAUCAGCUGCAGGAUGGCAGUAGGACGCAAGUGGGUGGACGCUCAGCUGAGGGACGAGCCAGGUGCGAGGACCUUUGCAUGGGAGGUGGCAGCAGCCUAUGCCCGCGACCAUCCCGACGAACCUCUUCCUGAUACCAGCAUCGCAGUGCUGAUCCGAAACAAAUUCCCGUCCAGAAGAAAAGCCUUCAAACAAGGUCCUGUUACUACAUAUUACUUCCAAGACCUAGAACUUGUCAGUCGCGAAGGACUGUGUGAAGUUCCGAGUGUGACGGAGCACAAGGGGAUUCCAGCCAGCAUGAAGGAUAAGGCUACUCCAUCUGUCAAAACCUUUGUUGGCAAUUUCCCUGGCGCAGAAGCCUCCUCUUUCGUCAAGAUAUCAGAGGACAUCAAACCAAUCAGUGUUGUAAAGCCUCCAGCCCAAAGCAUAUUAUUUAGAAACGGGGUCCCAUGCAUAGUUCUGAAAGUCAAACCCUUCAUCGUUAGGCCGUCCAACCCUCAAGUGAAAACUAUUCAAGUAGGACCUCUGCGGAGUCAUGGCCAGCAGGAGGACAUUUCGUUUAAGGUCCUUCAUUUAGCCAAACCACAAACUCCCUCAAAUUGUCUAAGUUUCCAACCGCCCACUUCAGCAAAUUUUGAAGACAGAGGAGCUUAUGAGAUUCCCUUCCUUCAGCCAGAAGUUAAUGCUUCUUCCGAACAACAACUAACCAGCUUCCACGUGAAGGGGAAAUCACAAAUUGGGGAAAACACCUCAGCUGAGUAUCUAAAGGCUUCACAAAGAGGCCAAAAAGGCGAUAUGAGUGUGUUGGAGUAUAUUCAGAGUGAAAUGACUGGUGGAGAACUAAAUGAUAAUAAAGACACAUUUCUUAAUCCAUCAACCACAUACAUUCCUAUUGCCCAAAAAAAUGUUAACAGACAAACCAAUAAGAAAGUACAAAGAAACCAAAAAGUAUGUCAAUCUCAGGAAAUACUUAAAACAAAAAUAAUUGAUGAUCAUAUCGUGGGAUCUCAGGGCCAUAAGUCAAAAGUAUGGGAUGAGGAUAUGAGGAAAUUUGCACAUUCAAAUAACCAAGAUGCAAAAGUUGUUAAAAGUAAUAAAAAAACAAGAAAGCUAUUGAAGCAUUGUAAAGAUUCUUUGGACAAAUAUAGCCGUAAUAGAAUAACUCUUUCUAAUCAAAACUGGAAGCCUGAGGAAAAGGCCAGUGGCCAAGAAACCGAAGACCACAGGGAGAGUAUCAAGAGAACGAUCCUGGAGACGGCGCUUAAUCUGUUCUCUGAGGAGGGGGCGGCGCUGCCCGAGGGCGAGCGCGCCCGGAGGCUGGAGGCGGCCCUGUACGAGCGAAACCCAGCCGUGCACUACGAGGACGGCGUCCCGUGGCCCUCCUCACACAGCGAGGACGCUGAGGAGUUCCCGUGUCGAGCGUCACAAGUCCUGGCGGAGGCCAGUGCGCUGGCCCAGGGGGACGCCACGCAGCUCCUGUACCACCACCAGUAUUGCCCCGGCCAAGGCUGCUCGUACAACGGCGAGCUGUGCCUGAGCCUGAGGGCGGCUUACACGCACAUCAGCAUCUUCCGCCAUCGAUGCCACGUGUGGCACUGCUUCAACAGCGUGCUGGCACUGCACGCCAGCUCGUGCAGCAGGGUGGACUGCCCGUGCCAGUUCUGCUGUUCUGCCAAGCACGAGCUCAGCUCAGCAGAGGGCUGGUGUCGUGGUCGCCAGUGGAGGCUGAGCGGCAGCUGUUGCGGCAGGAGUUCGCCGCGUGCGAGCGGUCGGGGCGGCACGAGGCGCGGCUGCACUGCCACCACCGGCAGCGGGUCCAGCUGCCCUUGCCGAAGCCCGCGCAGAAGGCUGGAUGAGCAGACGCCAAGGUUCGCGGCGGGGAAGCGGCCAGAGCGCGCUUGGCUCGAAGAAAGGAUCCAACUCUCAGGGAUAUGA